AUGCGAGGCCAUGAUCAGAUCAACACGUUUCUUCCCGACGAGCUCAUCCUCGAGAUGUUCGGGCGGCUAGACUCCAAGCCCAGCCGCGACGCAUGCUCGCUCGUCUGCAAGCGGUGGCUCGCACUAGAGCGGCUCAGCCGCACCACCCUCCGCAUCUGCGCCACCGGUAGCCCUGACCUCGUCGUUGACCUCCUCGCCGGCCGCUUUCGCAACGUCCGUACCAUUCACAUUGACGAGCGGUUGAACAUUUCGCUUCCAUGUCAGCCCCCUGGGAGGAGGAGGAGGACUGAUAUUGCUGCGGUUUCGUCGGUGAAGCUGCAUUGUGCCAACGAGAAAAAUGGGUCCCCUGAUGCUGGGUCUGAUUCAUGCAGUUUAUCGGAUGCUGGGUUGACUGCUAUUGGUGAAGGCUUUCCGAAGCUCGAAAAGUUGAGCUUAAUCUGGUGCUCUAAUGUUUCCAGUCUCGGAUUGAUAUCGCUCGCCGAAAAGUGUAUAUUGUUGAAAUCAUUGGAUUUGCAGGGUUGCUAUGUUGGAGAUCAGGGCCUAGCUGCCGUGGGACAGUCUUGCAAGCAGCUUGAAGAUUUGAAUUUGCGGUUUUGCGAGGGAUUGACUGACGUAUGUUUGGUUGAAUUAGCGCUUGGCGUUGGGAAGUCAUUGAAGUCUCUUGGUAUCGCUGCUUGUGCAAAGAUAACUGAUACUGCAAUGGAAGCAGUGGGGUUGCACUGCAAAUCUCUCAAGAACUUGUCUUUGGAUGCUGAGUUCAUACACAACAAAGGGGUGGUUGCUGUGGCCCAAGGAUGUCCUGCUUUGAAAUCUAUGAAGCUACAAUGUAUUAAUGUCACAGAUGAAGCUUUGUCAGCUGUGGGAACUUCUUGUCCGUCGCUGGAGGUGUUGGCUCUGUAUAGCUUCCAGAGAUUUACUGAUAAAGGUUUAAGUGCUAUUGGGAAUGGAUGCAAGAAGUUAAAAAAUCUUAUUCUUAGUGACUGCUACUUCCUGAGUGACAAUGCUUUGGAAUCAAUUGCAACUGGCUGCAAGGAACUUACGCAUCUUGAAGUGAAUGGGUGCCACAAUAUUGGAACAAUGGGCCUAGAAUCCAUUGGCAAAUCUUGCCCGCGUCUUACUGAGUUAGCACUGUUAUACUGCCAAAGGAUAGGCAACUUUGCACUCAGUGAGGUUGGACGGGGCUGUCAGUUCUUGCAAGCUCUGCACUUGGUAGAUUGCUCAAGUAUUGGAGAUGAGGCCAUAUGCAGUAUAGCUACAGGCUGCAGAAAUUUGAAGAAACUUCACAUUCGUCGAUGUUAUGAGAUUGGGAACACAGGAAUUGUAGCGGUUGGAGAGAAUUGUAGGUCUCUCACAGACCUUAGCCUCCGGUUUUGUGAUAGAGUGGGGGAUGAGGCCCUUAUUGCUGUUGCUCAGUGUAGCUCGCUACAAUAUCUAAAUGUCAGUGGAUGCCACCAAAUUGGUGAUGCUGGAUUGAUAGCCAUUGCAAGAGGGUGCCCACAACUUAGUUACCUAGACGUCAGUGUUCUCCAGAAUUUGGGGGAUAUGGCAAUGGCUGAAUUGGGAGAAGGCUGUCCAAACCUGAAGGACAUUGUGCUGUCUCAUUGCCGUCAAAUAACAGAUGUUGGUAUAAACCAUUUGGUUAAACAUUGCACAAUGCUUGCAUCCUGCCACAUGGUGUAUUGCCCGGGUAUAACUUCUUCUGGAGUAGCCACUGUGGUUUCAAGUUGCCCUGACAUAAAGAAGGUCCUGGUCGAGAAGUGUAAGGUUAGCUCGAGGACCAAACGGAGGGCGGCCUCUGUUAUAUCCUAUCUUUGCAUGGACCUGUAA